AUUUGGUACACCUGUUCAGCUACUAAUUAGUCAAUCACAGCAGUAACUGGGUCCAUUUAGACAUAAAGACAGGUUCAAGCUGACCAUCAAAAUUGGGGAUGGUUGUUGUUGUCAGAUGGGCCGUUCUGUAUAUUUCAAAAUAUUUCACUGAUGAUUUAGACUGCCAUCUAGGGUUUACAGAGAAUGGUCUGAAAAAGAGAAAAUAUCCAGUAAGUUGAUGUUCUCUGGUUGGAAAUGUUGUCUUGAUACUAGAUGUGAGAGGAGAACGGCUGAUAGGAAGGCGCCAAUAACUCAAAUAACUUGUAACAACCAAGUUAUGGAGGAGCUCAUCUCUGAAUUUGCAGUACGUUGAACCUUGAAGCAGAUUGGCUGUGGCAGCAAAAGACCACACCCCACCCCACUCCUGUCAGCUAAUAACAGGAAACUGGCUGCAAUUUGCAGGAGAAACCAUAAGAUUGUAAAAAUGUUGACUUCUCUAAUGAUUCUCAUUUUCUGCUGUGGGAUGUGGGUGGUAGGGUUGGAAUUGGGCUUAAAACAUGAAAGCAUUGAUCUAGUCUUGUCCAUAUGAAAGGUUCAGGAUGCUGAGACUUGGGUGUUGUAAUGGGGAUAUUUUCUUGGCACACCUGACCAUCUGAACAUUGUUUAAACACCACAUACUGAGUAUUGCUGCUCAAUUACACAGAUUAUUUUAUGACCACAGUGUACCCGGCUUCUGAUGGAUAUUUCAAAUGGCCUUCACAGUCACCAUCUGGCAAAUUUGCAACAACUUUGUGAUGAUUUUCUGUUAAUAUGAAUCAAAAUCUGAGGAAUCUUUCUGGCACUUUGUUGAAUCUAGGCCUUGAUGAAUUAAGGCAGUUCUGUGGGCAAAAGAGGGUCCAGCCUGGUGCUAGCAAGAUUUACCUAAUAAAGUUGCCAGUGAUUAUGCGGUAAUGGUUAUUAGAGGACAAAACAUAAUCAUGCCUAUGGAUUCAUGUAACACUGAGUAUGAAUCCAUACAACUUCACACUCACCAUGUCUAAACAUUUGCCUGGUGCUGUUCGUAAAGAUGGAUGCCCUAGCUCCACUUCCUCAUGCAAAAGUGAAGCCAAAUUUUUCAGGUAACAGGAGCUGCUUUUGGUGGUGGAAAAGAUAGCAGGAAGACGUUGGAAAUGUCUGAGCUUUACAGUUUUGAUGAUCUUUUCCGCAGGUUGUACUUAGACUGAAGGAUUUAAUGUAAGAUAUCAAAAAUAUGAAUAACUAUGUAGAUAUAUAUUUAAAAAUGUACACAUUACAGGUAUGGAAGGUACACGUUUCUCUUUCUGUCAUGACGUUGCGUCCCGGGUACAUCAAGUUAUGAGGAAAUUAAAAUCAGAGUGAGAACUACAUAAAAUGCAAAAAACAAGGUAUCGUCUUCACUAAAACAUUCAUAUACUGUUGCUGAAUCAAAGCAUGCUGUAUAUUCUCUUUGUUGUAAAUACCUAUAUAUUGUAUAUACGUAUAUAUACUGUCAAGUUCCCGUUUAUAUGGGAUGAAUGUAUGAAUAGUAACCAGUUGUAUAGUAACCGAUCUAAUCUGAAUGUGAGGUAGGUCCACGCUUGCCAAAGGUGCAUGACUCCCGGCGGCCUGUAGGUGGCAGAAGAAAACAGCCAAUGAAGAUUGGUAUACGUCAUGACGCCAGACGCAUGUUUGGAAAAGAAGCGCGAGAGAAAGAAAUGUCCGCCCCGGGUUUGUUUACAAAACUUUAUCAAGUUUAGCGAGGAUGUCGUUGUUGAAGCCUUUUAGUAAACUCCCUGGUCUGAACACAGCGAACAUCUUGCUGGUGGAGAGUGAGGAGCAAUUUCAGCAGAGUUUAGCAGAUGUUCUGGUGGAGGAGACCAGUGUCACUGUGAACGUGAGACUAGCUAAGAGCCUUCCUUUGCCCAUGGAGAAUGAUGAGAGCCGUCCCAGAAUAGACUUGGUUGUGUUCAUCAUCAACCUAACUUCAGAGCUCAGUUUCCAGUCAGCAGAAGCGUCCCUGAAAUAUUUGGACCCGGGAUAUUUCCUUGGAAAAGUUUGCUUCAUGGUUACGAAUGCUCGGAGUGCUUCCGCCCCCGCUGAGCGCCUGGAUGCUGUCAGGAAGCUGGCUGCGUCGCUCCACUGUCCCCUGUUGUUUGCGGAGAAUCAGACUCCAGAUGGAGUGGCCAGUGCUACAGAGAGGCUGCUGACUAUUCUCAAGGUGGCCGCCGGCCUCGUUCCCAUUGCCACUGCUCUCUACAUGUCUAACCUGACUCGGUGCACGCUUCCCCUGGACAUCGAUCAGCCAAGCUUUGAUUAGGUCCUCUGAUUGAUUCCUUUAAAGUGAUAACUUCCUCUACUUUAUCGUGUUUAUAUUUAUUUGUAGAAGUUGUUAAUGUCGACAAUUACACGUCUUCUUUUUCAAAUAAAUGUUACCAGGUGUAUUUAA